AUGUCUUCUCAUAAUGAGAAAGAUUUGUUUAAAAGUGCCAUAGAAAAUCGUUUAUUAAUUCAUUCGAUUAUAAUACAUUUGAAAGCAAGCGUUAUAGAAGUUGGAAAGGGGGCAUUCGGCGAAGUAAAGAAGGCUUAUUUAAAUCCUCUAGGUGGAAACAUUUCUACAGCUACAGAAAAGUCCAGUAAAGACACUGUAUCAAAUGCAUUAAGUGAUCAAACAUCAUUAAACUUGUCAAAAGGGAAAAGCGAAGAUGAAGGAUAUUAUCUUGCUUUCCAUCGUUUUAUUGAAGUCAUGAAAAACAUAAAACAGUUUAUAGGCAAUGUAUCUACACUUUCUGGAUUUCAAAAAUAUUUUCACGCCAAUUCAGUCAAAGAAAAGUUUGAAUCGCUUACCAGUGAUUUUGAAUCCGUUAUGAAUGAUUUACAUUUUACAACGGCGACUUUAUGUAAUGAUGAACAAAGAAGAAUUGAUCAAGAAAAUCUUAUUUCGGAUCUCGAAGAAAUGGCAAAGAGUCACAAACCUAAUACUAUUCCAAUAACAGCAAAUGAGAUAGAUCCAAAGGAUUUAAAAGAUCCCCAAGUUCGGACUGUUAUAAGAAAAAUGUUAAAUAACGAGGAAACUAAAAAUAUUCUUAAAUUCUAUGGUCUUUCAAAAGUUGGAAACCAAAAUGUUAUGGUUUUUGAAUGGGCAGAUUUUGGCUCACUUCAAGAAGUAUAUAAGAAAUAUGAUAUUAGUUGGCGUUCAAAAGUUCAAAUGGCUCUUGAUAUAUGUCGUGGUCUAGUUUUUUUACAAACAUGUGAUAUUAUUCAUCACGAUUUUAGAUGCGCAAAUAUCAUGAUGACUAAACAACUUGUACCAAAAUUAUCAAAUUUUAAAUAUGCUCGCCAUAACAGCCAGGCAACUACCGAUAUAAAAGAGAUAACAAACAUUUUACGUUGGAUGGCUCCUGAAAAGAUGCUAGAUCCUAAAAAAGUGAGAUAUACUUUUAAAUGUGAAAUAUUUAGUUUUGGAAUGUUGCUCUGGGAAUUAUUAUUUCAAAAAAUUCCAUACGAAGAUAAAGACAUGAACGAAAUCAAAGAUCACGUUUUAAGAGGUGGUCGAGAAAAUAUUACAAUGCAUUUCUCUUCACAAGAAACUCAAACAAUUCAAAAUAAGUUUUUUAAGAUUAUAAUUGCUGCUUGGCAACAGGAUAUUGAUAUUCGAGCAUCUCUAAUGCAAAUUUUCUUAAAACUUCAAAAAUUGGCCGCGAAUUAUCCAAUGGACACUUCACCAACAUUAAAUCCUCUUGGAUCAUUAUAUGGAUCUCAAGUGAUAGAAUCAAUAUCUAUCAGAACAUCAACAACAGAACUUCCAGAUUCAUUCCAAAACUUUACUUUACCUACAAUAGUACCUCUUGAAGAAGGUAUUGAAGCUCAUAAGAAUAAAGAUUAUAAAAAAGCAUGGUCAUGUUUCGAGGAAAAUGUUAAAUUUAAUAAUAUAGUGGCUAAAUAUUGGAUGGGAUAUUAUUUAUCAAAAGGACUUUUAGGGAAAAAAGAUCUUGUUAAAGCAAACCUACUUUUCAAAGAAGCAGCUGAUGAUGGAGUUGCAGAUGCUCAACUACAUUAUGCAUUUUCUUUAUUUAACACACCAGGAAUUAAAUUUGAUCGCCAAAUUUUUGUUUCAUACCUUACAAAGGCAGCAAAUGGUGGUAAUGUUGCAGCCCAAUAUAAUUUAGGUGAUAUAUAUUUUAAUGGAAAGAUAUUAGAUAAAGAGAAACAUAAUAUUUCGCAAGACGAAAAAGAUUCUAAUAUUUCAAACUCAGAAUCAGCAAAAAAUGCUUUAGGGGUGCUUGGGGUUGUUGGAGACGCUGUUCAACCUUAUCUACCUUUAUUUUCUACUGUAACCAUUAUUAUUGUAGAAAUAAACACUAUCUAUGCAAAUGCUAAAUAUAAUAAAAAAAUCUGCAAUUCCCUUAUGGAUCGUUUUAUUGAAGUCAUGAAAAACAUAAAACAGUUUAUAGGCAAUGUAUCUACACUUUCCGGAUUUCAAAAAUAUUUCCACGCCAAUUCAGUCAAAGAAAAGUUUGAAUCACUUACUAGUGAUUUUGAAUCCGCUAUGAGUGAAUUACAUUUUACAACGACUUUACGUAAUGAUGAUCAAAGAAGAAUUGAUCAAGAAAGUCUUGUUAAUACAGUUCUUACAGAAAUUAGGAUUAUCAAAAAUCAAUUGACAAGUCCCAAACCUAAUACUACUCCAAUAACGGCAAAUGAGAUAGAUCCAAAAGAGUUAAAAAAUCCCUAUGUUGGGAGGCCCGACGAUCGACGUGGAAACACUGUUAUAAGAAAAAUGUUAAGUAAUGGAGAAGAUGUCGCAUGCAAAACUAAAAUUAUUGAUGCUGAAGGUCAAAAAAUUAAAGCACAUCUUGCCAUAUUAGGGAAACUAAAAGAAUCAAAAAAUAUUCUUAAAUUCUAUGGUCUUUCAAAAGUUGAAGACCAAAAUGUUAUGGUUUUUGAAUGGGCAGAUUUUGGUUCACUUCAAGAAGUUUAUUCGAAAUAUGAUAUUGGUUGGCGUUCAAAGGUUCAAAUGGCUCUUGAUAUAUGUCGUGGUCUAGUUUUUUUACAAACAUGUGAAAUUCUUCAUCACGAUAUUAGAUGCGCAAAUAUCAUGAUGACUAAGCAACUUGUACCAAAAUUAUCAAAUUUUAAAUAUGCUCGCCAUAACAGCCAGGCAACUACUGAUAUAAAAGAGAUAACAAAUAUUUUACGUUGGAUGGCUCCUGAAAAGAUGCCAGAUCCCAAAAAAGUGAGAUAUACUUUCAAAUAUUUAGACAUGAACCAAAUUAAAGAUCACGUUUUAAAAGGUGGUCGAGAAAAGAUUACUAUGAAUUUCACUUCACAAGAAACUCGAACGAUUCAAAAUAAGUUUUUUAAGAUUAUAAUUGCUGCUUGGCAACAGGAUAUUGAUAUUCGAGCAUCUCUAAUGCAAAUUUUCUUAAAACUUCAAAAAUUGGCCGCGAAUUAUCCAAUGGACACUUCACCAACAUUAAAUCCUCUUGGAUCAUUAUAUGGAUCUCAAGUGAUAGAAUCAAUAUCUAUCAGAACAUCAACAACAGAACUUCCAGAUUCAUUCCAAAACUUUACUUUACCUACAAUAGUACCUCUUGAAGAAGGUAUUGAAGCUCAUAAGAAUAAAGAUUAUAAAAAAGCAUGGUCAUGUUUCGAGGAAAAUGUUAAAAUUAAUAGUACAGUGGCUAAAUAUUGGAUGGGAUAUUAUUUAUCGGAAGGACUAUUAGGGAAAAAAGAUCUUGUUAAAGCAAACCUACUUUUCAAAGAAGCAGCUGAUGAUGGAAUUGCAGAUGCUCAACUACAUUAUGCAUUUUCUUUAUUUAACACACCAGGAAUUGAAUUUGAUCCCAAAGUUUUUGUUCCAUACCUUACAAAGGCAGCAAAUGGUGGUAAUAUCGCAGCCCAAUAUAAUUUAGGUGAUAUGUGGUUUAAUGGAAAGAUAUUAGGUAUAAAGGAUAUCGAAUUAGGAACAAAAUAUUUUAAAUUAGCUGCUUUGAAUAAUGAUCCUCGAUCCAUUAAAAUCCUUAAAGAAAAUGAAAUUGAUUUUUGGUUCGAAAUAUUAUUUAAGAGAUGUAAAGUUAUGUAA